AUGACAGCGCCCGGAAAGGCGGCUGCUUUGCGGCCCCCGCACCCGCAGAAGGGCGGCGGGAGUGGCGCCGCCACCGGCAGCGUGCUGGGCCACGUCUCGUCAGCGGGCCUGCACGCCACCCACACCCUGCACGGCACCACCAUGCACCGCCGGGCCAGCAGCACGCAGCUGCCGGCCGCUGUCGAGGACGAAGUCAAGGUGCUGGAGGAGUGGGGCAAGAAGGAGGCCGUGCGGUGCGAUGAGGGGGACCCCGACCUGGAGUUUUGCGAGCUGCCGGGCAUCAUCAACACGCCGCCGGCAGAGCGCAGCGUGGCGGCCGAGGCGUGGAGCCGCGGGCGGUGGCUGCUGGGCCUGCUGGUGCUGCAGUCGAUGUCCUCCUUCGUGCUGGACAGCUACCAGGACCUGCUGAAGGAGCACCUGGUGGUCACCCUGUUCCUCACCAUGCUGGUGGGUGCGGGGGGCAACGCGGGCAACCAGUCUGCCAUCAAGAUCAUCCGCGGCCUGGCCACCGGCAGCCUGAAGCCCACAGCAGCGGGCAUCCGCCGCGCAAUGCAGCAGCAGCUGGCGGUGGGGCUCAUGCUGGGGCUGGGCCUGGCGGCGGGCGGCUGGGUGCGCGUCUACAUCACCAAUGGCGACCCGCUCAACGCAACCGCCAUCUCCAUCUCGCUCUUCCUCAUUGUGCUGUGCUCCGUACUGGCGGGCACUGGGCUGCCCUUUGCGCUGGCACGGGCGGGCGUGGAUCCGGCCAAUGCGGGGACAAGCAUACAGGUUGUGAUGGAUGUUUCCGGGGUCUUCAUCACCUGUGCGGUGUGCCACGUUGUGCUGGACCAGCUGGCACAGGGCCUCAAGGUGGUGUCUUGA